AUGAUAGGGCAAGUUAUAUUGACUCUGUUCCAAUUUGCACGUCAAUCUCCUGUUAAAUUAUCCAGGUUGAGCAAGUAUUUCUUUUGGGAUAUUCGCUCAGGCCAGCACAAUUGCUCACGGUCGGAACGCUGGUCCUGCCCAGAAUCCGAUUUUUUUUUUAUCCCUUCAUCCGUUCCUUUUUUUCUUUCCCUAGUCUUUAUUUUCUAUUUCUUGGCCCCUUUUUAUUAUUUGAUUUUUUUUUUUGGUGAAAAGUUCCCCGUUCGACGCCGAGACGUCAUUUCUCCUCUUUUUCUUCUCUCCAUUCGCCAAAUUCUUUCUUUUUCAUUUGCCUAUCUCCUUCGUUUUCUUUCUUGUUCUUAUCACGUAUCGUUACGUUUUUUCCUUUGCAACAUUUCUGUCAGUUUCAUUCAUGCCUUUCCUCUUCUUCCAUUUUCUCGCUCUUCUUUUCAUCUUUCCUUGCACUUUUGUCCUAUUCUCCGUCCAUUUCUUUCCUUCUUUCUCUCUUCACUUCUUUCUUCUUUCCUCCCCUUACGACCAGUCUACUUCAUCUCCGUCCUUCAACUUUUGCUUUAUCCUAUAAUCGGUCUAUACCCCCUCCACAUUAUUCAUUUCAUUCUCUACUUCCCCUCAAAUUUAACAGCCGACAUUAAAAUUAUUGAGACUGGCAUUAUUGUCGGUGUUCCGGCACCUAAAGACAAACUUGCAGAUUUUUACGGAAAAACAAAGGAAUUUCUGUCAGAAUAUCUAUCUAUCUAUCUAUCUAUCUUGCAGAGCAUCUAUGUAUGUAUGUAUGUAUGUAUGUAUGUAUCUAUCUAUCUAUCUAUUCCUUUUCUCACCUCUCUCUUUUUCUGUCUGUCUCAUUUCAUAUCUAUCUAUCUAUCUAUCUAUCUAUCUAUCUAUCUAUCUAUCUAUCUAUCUAUCUUAAUAUUCCUUUUUUUCACCCUCUCUGUCUAUCUCUCUAUUUUUCUGUUUGAUUGUCUCAUAUCUAUCUAUCUAUCUAUCUAUCUAUCUAUCUAUCUAUCUAUCUAUCUAUCUAUCUAUCGUAAUUUUAAUAUACUUUCUGAGAGUUAUACAUGUUACUUUCUGUAA